AGACGGCGUUACCGUCUCCAAGGAGCGGUCCGGGGCACCGGUUUCAAAGUCGCAGGGCGGGCCGACUGGACUUCCGCUGCUGGCCCCGGGUUUCCCCGCCGUCCUGGAGUCAACGCUUCCACCCCAAACGCUCCUCCAAGGACGCCGUCACCCGGCUUCUUGCCGGCUCCUUCGGCUGUCUCCUAAGUGGCCCGAUACGACCCCGAGUGACCUGCGGGACGCCUAUAGCCACCUGCGUCCCCGUUUUACCCGGCCGGGAUUCGGGUGAACGUGGAACAAAAUUCACUUGGUGGGUCCCCAGCAGACCUGAAAUCUGAAGUCUGCUGCCUGAGCGAGGGGCUACGCUGGGACUCGGGAGAAGAAGGCGCGGCGGGGCUGUUGACGCCGCGUGAGUAGGAUGCUGAUAAUACCGCUCGAGUGCUUGACAACCUCCGGAGCGUUGCUUUAGUUUUGUUUUCCCGCACAGCGAGCUCUGGGUUUUUUCUUCUUCGGUGGUGGUGGUGGUGGGGUUUUGUUUUGUUUUUGUUGUUUUUGAAGAAAGCGAAGGUGGUGAAAGCUCCAAACUAAAAUUCUGUCGGAAUGGCCACAGAAAUCGACUUUCUGAGAGAUCAAAAUCGACUAAAUGAAGUACUUAGACGGUAUCAAAUGGAAAAUUUUUCCAAAUAUUCAUCAGUGCAGAAAACUGUCUUCAAAGGAGAUGGAGAUGACACAUUAGAAAACACAAUAGUUGAUCAAAGCUUUUUAGCUCCUCUUAUUAUUGAGUAUGAUAAGCAUCUGGAAGAGCUGAAUAGGCAGCUGAAGUAUUAUCAGAAACAUAUGGGCGAGAUGAAACUACAUCUUGAAAAUGUCAUCAAGGAAAACGCAAGGUUGCACAGUGAAUUAAAAGAUGCUGUUGAAAAGCAACUGGAGUCCCUUCCCUUUGGCACAGACAUGGGAAAUGAUAUAUAUACAGACGAUGAAACAGUUAGGAAUCUACGAGAACAAUUACAACUAGCCAAUCAAGAAAAAACUCAGGCUGUGGAACUCUGGCAGACUGUUUCUCAGGAGCUGGACAGACUUCAGAGACUUUACCAGGAACAUAUGACUGAGGCCCAGAUUCAUGUAGUUGAAAGUCAAAAACAAAAGACUAACCAACAGUUUCUGAAAACAGUAACUGAACAAAAUGUGGAAAUUGAGCGCCUCCAAAAAAAACUCAGGCAAGCCAAGUUAGAUAUGAGAGUUGCAGCAGCAAAAGUGGAAGAGUUAAAUAACAUGGCUGAAAAUCUUCAAGGACAAAUGCAAAAGAAGGAGGAGGAAAUGUUGUCUGCCCAAGGAAGAGAGGAAGCAUCAGAUAGGCGUUUACAGCAGUUACAAUUUAGUAUAAAACAAUUAGAAACAAGACUCUGUGUAGCAAUCCAAGAAGCCACCCAAUUAAGAGCACAAAAAACACAUUUGGAAAAACAGACCAGAGAGUUACAAGCAAAGUGCAAUGAAUUAGAAAGUGAAAAAUAUGAAGCUAUUGUAAGAGCCAGAAAUAGCAUGCAGCUCUUAGAAGAAGCUAACCUUCAAAAAAAUCAGGCUCUACUUGAAGAGAAGCAAAAAGAAGAAAAUAUAGAGAAAAUGAAAGAAACAGUCUCUCGGCUUAUGCAAGAUGCUGCCAUAAGAACCAGGAAGGAAGUUACAAGCACAAGGAAACAGUAUAAUAUACAGAUUUCUCGACUAAAAGAAGAACUUUCAGCCCUUCAAAUGGAGUGUGCUGAAAAACAAGGACAAAUUGAACGAGCCAUUAGGGAGAAAAAAGCAGUGGAAGGAGAACUAGAAAAGAUUUACCAUGAAGGUAGAGUAAAUCAAAGUGAUUACAGAAAACUAGAAGAAAUGCACCAAAGAUGUCUGGUUGCAGAGCGUUCAAAAGAUGAUCUUCAACUAAGACUUAAGACAGCAGAAAAUAAAAUAAAACAACUUGAAAUAAAUUCCUCAGAAGAGAUAUCACGUUGCCAAGAAAUGAUUCAGAAACUUCAAAACAUAUUGGAGUCUGAGAGAGAGAACUGUGGAUUUGUCAGUGAACAAAGGCUGAAACUUCAGCAAGAAAAUGAACAGUUACAGAAAGAGACUGAAGAUUUAAGAAAGCUUGCUCUCGAGGCUCAAAAAAAAGCCAAAUUAAAGAUCAGUACAAUGGAACAUGAAUUUUCAAUAAGGGAACAUGGAUUUGAAGUUCAACUGAGAGAGCUGGAAGAUAGUAAUCGAAAUUCCACUGUUGAACUGAGGCAUCUCUUAGUGACUCAACAGAAGGCGGCCAAUAGGUGGAAAGAAGAAAGAAAGAAACUUACUGAAAGUGCAGAAAUUAGAAUCAGUAAUCUAAAGAGUGAGCUGAGUCGACAGAAACUUCAUACCCAAGAGCUGCUUUCUCAGCUGGAAAUGGCAAAUGAAAAGGUAGUUGAGAAUGAGAAACUAAUUCUAGAGCAUCAAGAAAAAGCCAACAGACUUCAAAGGCGUCUAAGUCAGGCGGAACAGAGAGCGGCUUCAGUUUCCCAGCAGCUCAGUGUGAUUACAGUGCAGAGAAGAAAAGCAGCCUCCAUGAUGAAUCUGGAAAAUAUUUAAAAAUGUUCAUAGUUCACUCACAGAACUUUAGAAUUGGGAAAGCUGUUGGACUAGAAGUGUAUUGAAAUGGUAAAAACCUGCAGAGAAUGGUUAAGGCUUGUGUCAUUUUGCAUAGGCAUUUUCCAUUCUGUUUUGAGGGUUAUUGGAAAACAGAACAGUGGCAGCUUCCUGUAAGUAAAGAAAAUAUAACCCUAUAUUGAGCUUCAGUGGAGAAAAAAGCCAGCUGAGAAGAAUUCAUUGCCUUCAUCAACGUAUCUGUUUUUCAAUUCCCCCUUCCUUCCCUUGGAAGAGCAUAAUAAUUUUCAAACUAUACUAAUCAUGGGAAAGAGAUUUUUAAGAUAAUGUUAGAAUUUUAAUAUUUCAGGUUCCAUGAUUUGAGAAUUUUACAUCUAAUUGUUACUCCUAACUCAUUUUAAGUUCCCAAGUAUCCAUUUUAUUAUAAACUCAUAAAUGUAAUAAAUUAUGUACUUUCUAAAAUGAUGCUGUCAUGUAUUUUAAUGUAUAAUUGUAGUGAUUCAUUUUUAAUUUACAUGAUUUCCAGUAUUUAUCAUAUAUUGAUAUUUAAGAAUAUGGGAGGUUUUGUUUUUUGUUUUUGCUCUGUUACUCAAAGCAGUACUAAUCAAGUGGAAUCUUCAAGUCUGAGAAUGCAUGGGCAUUGAACUAUUGCAGUCUAGUUGAUUUUCACAGAUCCAUGUAGUUAGCUCCUCUCUGCUCCUAGUUUGAACUUGGGACACCUGCUUUCUGCUGAUGAGUGCAGAUAAAUGCGCAUCUGGUUAACAAGUUAGGAAACUAUUGCAGUGGUCCAGAUAAAAGAUAAUGAAUUGAGUUUGAAGUGACAUGAAAACAUUCAUGUGCAAAUAUUCAAGCAGCUGUCAGAAGCUUAGGACUGGUGCUAGCAAACCAGGAUAGGAAGGGAGUCUUUGGCACGGGACUGAGAAUUGAAGCCAUGGAGUAUAGGAGCUUGCCUGGAGGCUUCCUGUGAUGUGGCUGACUACCUCUUCCCCUCAUUUCUUGUGCUGCAGCUCUGAUGGUGGCCUUCUGCUUCCGUCAGUACGUCAUCCUUCCUCCCCACAGGAUCUCCGUGCCUCUCUUGCCAUCCGCACGUUCUUCAGAUCACCACUGCUCAGACAUCCCUGCCUCAGAGAGCCUUCCAGCCUCCAGACUAGACUAGAACACAUCAUCUAAUGCAGUUCUGAGCAUUAAAGGGAAAUCAUAUUGAAGAUUUCAACCUUGAAGUUAAUUGCAAAGUUUGCUGCAGAUGGCUAAUGUUUCAAAGGUAAAAUCUGUUUUCUAAGUGAUCUGGGUAAAAACAUGAACACGAGUCCCUGGUGCCACAUUUCCCAUGACAUAUUGCAGAACUGCCAAUGAUAGGCCCUUCCUUGGGCUCCUGGGGGCUUAACUUCCCCGGGGAACUAUUGUGGUUAUUCAACUUAAGACCUUGCAGGAAGAACCACAGUUAUUUCUCUCUGGGGUCUUACUCAGAGCAAGCAACAUGGAAGUAAGUAGUCACUGAGGAGGAACAAGGAGAAAUAAACAAGCUUUUAGCCAAAUGUAUGAACAAUUCAUGUUUAAAAAAAAAAAACUGGCCAAGAUUUUACAAAAAUUAUAAAUUAGGGACAGUAACACCACCCUGUUGUGGCUCAUAAUCUACAAGAGAAUGCAGACUGUAAACCCAUAGCAGCUUUGCUGUUCCCACCUUAAAGGAAGGUGUGUUUCAUUCUAUGCUAAUUUCUGCCUGUAGUGGUUAAAUAAAGACUGUUUCAGGCCAGGAAAACAAAACCAGAAAUUAGAACUAGAGUCUAGGCCCGGUUCUGCCAAUGCUUAUUGUUGUAAUCUUGGACCUACCUCCUUUGUGAAACACAGAGAUCUCUUCUUUGUCCUAGUGUUGCAGAAUUCUGUUAUCAAAAGACAGCAUUUAAUGAAACUACCCUUUGAAAAAUUAUUUCUGAAGGAUCUUAAAGUCUUCCUGUCAUUCAGGAAUAACAUUUCUUGCCUCAGAAGGCUCACUGGUCAACAAUUUGGAGAAAUCAAGGCCUUGUUCCUACUCACAGUCUGUCAUUUACUAAAUGCCUACUGCAUGCUUUAGAUGUUUAUGAACUUGCUUGAAAUAUCACAAUAACCCCCGUAAAGGCGGUGGGAUGUAAUCCUUUUUUACAGAAGGGAAGAUGGAGGCUUAUGCUGGGUGAGUGACUUGGCAAAGGUCACAUGGCUGAUAAACUGCAGUUUAAGUUGCUUAGACUCAACAACAGGUUACUUUCAGAUCAAAAAUUGUAUUCUGGAAAGAACUCCAGGUGGGGAAGACUGAAAACUGAACCAUUAUCAUUUUCCAGUGCCUCACCAUCAGAGUGGAGCCAGACAGCAGCCCAGUGAAUCUGUGCUCUUCCACAAUCUUGUUCUGUCCCUACAGUUCUCCUUCCUAAACCAUGAGACAGUCGACAUACAUACACACCCACUCAGGACCGCUAUGUCAUCUCCAUCUUUAAAUACUUGGCAAAAUCAGAUUUCAAAAGACACUUAAAAAUGUAUUGCAAAAUGUACAGCAUUUAUUCACAUACAGACCAAAAGGCACAAAUUCUACUAAAUAGUUCAACAAAAAAAUACAGCUGUCCUCAACUAGUUUUAUAAAUACUUUCAAAAAGGGGAUAGAAAUAAAUACAGGAUUGGGCCAUGUAAUAUAAAA